AUGGGCUGUGGGGGGAGCAGGACUGACGCUCUGGAGCCUCGAUACCUGGAGAGCUGGACCAAAGAGACGGAGUCCACAUGGCUGACCAGCACAGACACUGAUCUCCCCCUGUCGUCCAUCCAGAGCAUCCCUUCCGAUAACUCGGAGGCCGGCUCCGCUUCUGAGAAAACAAUCAGCCCUGUUCCAGAUUUCUUUGAGGACGUCCUCCCUCUGCCGGCUCAGGCGUACCUGAAGGUCUGUUCGGCCGUGUCUGAAGCCAGUCUGACCGACGUGAAGCCCGGAAGCCCCCCUGAAAUACUGGGCUCUCCAUCCAAGGAGGCGGCGUUGCCGUCAUCUGGCACCACGGUGCAGCGCAGAAGUGUUCUCCACACCGAAGAGAUCACAAAAUGGCAGGACAAUCGGAUGUCGACCAAGCAAGUGACCAUCACGGUGACGCAGAGCAUCCAUCAGGUGGACAGGAACGGGAAGGUGAAGAAGUCCCUCACCACCUACGAGGUCAUGAAACCCGUGGAAAGCCUCAAACAGGUGGCCACGCAGAACGCCUGA